AUGGCGUCCCCUCGCACUGUAGAAGAGAUCUUCAAAGAUUAUAGCUCCCGUCGCUCUGCCCUUGUUCGCGCUCUCACUAUCGAAGCUGAUGAAGUUUACGUUCAAUGCGAUCCAGAAAAAGAGAAUUUGUGUUUGUAUGGACAUCCAAAUGAGUCAUGGGAGGUGACUCUGCCAGCGGAGGAAGUUCCACCGGAACUUCCUGAGCCUGCACUGGGAAUUAAUUUUGCCAGAGAUGGGAUGACGCGGAAAGACUGGCUUUCUCUUGUUGCUGUGCAUAGUGACUGUUGGUUGCUUUCUGUGGGAUUCUACUUUGGUGCUCGACUUAAUCGCAAUGAAAGGAAGCGACUUUUUAGCAUGAUGAAUGAUCUGCCCACCCUCUUUGAAAUUGUGACUGGGAGGAAACCAGUAGAAGAUAAACCUAGUGUGGAUGGUGGUAGCAAAUCCAAGAAUAGCACAAAGAGGUCAAUUGAUGGACAGGCAAGAAAUAAUUCGAAGUUAAGUUAUGUGGAGGAUGAAGACGAGCAUGGAGACACCCUUUGCGGGAGCUGUGGAGGGAACUACAAUGCUGAUGAGUUUUGGAUUGGUUGUGACAUUUGUGAACGAUGGUACCAUGGAAAAUGUGUGAAGAUAACACCAGCAAAAGCAGAAAGUAUCAAGCAGUACAAAUGCCCUUCUUGCAGCACAAAGAAGUCUAGGCACUAA